CAUCUCCAUAUCAAAUCGUCACAAUGAUGUCGUCCAAACUCGUAGUAGUCUUCUCGACCCUUUUGGCACUCGCCGUGUGUGCACCAGCCUCUGACAAAGAACCGGUGGCCAUAGUAUCACAGAACGCCGAGGUCCAGCCGGACGGUACCUUCCAGUGGAACUACGAAUCGGCCGAUGGUACCAAACAGGAGCAAAACGGCGCACCCAAACCGGUGGACAAGGAAAUCGCCGAGGUGGUCCAGGGUUCGGUGGCGUGGACCGAUCCCGAGGGUGGUAAACAUCAGUUGAGUUACGUUGCCGACGAGAAUGGGUUCCAGGCGCAGGGUGGUGACUUGCCGGUGGCACCCGAGGUACCGCCACAGAUCGCCAGGGCCUUGGAGUGGAUCGCGCAACAUCCCGAGCCCGAACAGAAGAAGUUGUAAGUGUCUGAUUGAUGAUUGUUUUUUUGUUGCUGUUUUGGCUGUGUUAAUUAAUUGUUUACGGUUUUUGUCAAUGUUUAUUUGUAUAUAAUUAAAUUUUGAUUUAAUUAA